AUGAUCACCAAAAAUGAAGAUGCCUCAAAUGAUCGAUGCGAUGCUUAUUGUUUCAAUACUCUGAAGAAUUUACUGCCGACCAUAGAGGAAACAAAGUUCAAACUCAACAACUAUGAAGAUCUGAUUCAGUCCAAAAAUGAACAGAUUUUAGAAUUGAAGAAGAAACUGGCUGAUCUUGAAAGACAUAAUGUGAAGAUCAAACAAAAUAGAAUUUGUUCCAACAUCGAAGAAUCAGGUGUUUCAUUGUUUGAAGCCCAAAUUAAUAAGACAACUGAUGAUUUCAAUCUACAAGACUUAAAUUACAACACUUUGAAUUGGCUUUCCAAUGCUAGUCAGAUAGAAGAUGAUUUAUUUGAGGACUAUGGGAAUGACCCUAUUGAGGCUUUCAAGGAUUCUACUCUAAAUAAGACGGACGAUUUGCAAAUUCAAGACUUACCUUUGAAUUGCCUUAAAUAUGCAGAAUCAACUUACAUUUAUGAGAUAUGGGUGCCCAAUGUGGGCAAUCAUAUGGUAUUAUGUGAUGAAUUUGGUUGGAUAGUGAUUCUCAAUCGAUUCAACGGUAGUGAAAAUUUUUAUAGAAAGUGGUACGAAUAUCGCAGUGGAUUUGGUUACCUAGAGGACGAGUUCUUUAUAGGUUUGGAGGUAUUGCAUCAGAUGACAUCAUCUCAAGGCUAUGACAUACGCAUCGAGCUUACGAGCUUCGACGAUUAUGUUUACCAUGCGGAUUAUAGCAAUUUUAUUAUAGGCAGUGAACAGGAGAAAUAUAGCUUGAAGUCUAUAGGAGGCCAUCAUGGCAAUCUUGAAAAUGCCUUUGAGUCUAAUAUUGGACAGAAAUUCACAACUUUUGAUUCGGAUAACGAUAAAUGGGUCGAGGGAAAUUGUGCUGUGCAUUAUUCAAGUGCCGGAUGGUUCGAUAAGGUGGCCACUAUGAAUCUCUUUGGCAAAUAUUUACACUCUGAAGUGAUGGAUGAGCAUGGCAUAUGGUGGAAGGACAAUAAGACCUGGAAAGCUGUAAAAAUUGCAAUGCGCCCAGAAAAAAAGGAACGAAAUUAGUAUACUCAUAUGCAAUACUAUGACAAACAUAACCAAAGAAAAUCCGAGCUGUGUGACGCACUGCUAAUAAAUUGUAGAUAAUGUUUGUUGUGAAACAACAACGUUAGUUCGUUUUUA